AACAAUCGUCCUCUCAUUGUUAAAAGUCAACCUCUCCAAUGGGCGUUUCCAUUCCUUGGUUUAGUUUUGUAUAAAUAACUCGCCUUGAACGACUGUAUAACUGAAAGUACAUCAUUCUAAAAAUUCGAUUGCCGGGGCAAAAGCGGACACAGAAGGAACUCGAUAUCUUCUUCACUGGAAAGAAAAACCCGUAAUUAUGAUGAAAUUCGGUCUUCUUUUCUUUGUAAUGGUUGGCGCCAUCGGGACUGGAAUGAGCAUCAGGAUACCGGAAAAACGCUCCGCAUCUCUCUCAGAUAAUGCCCGGAGUUUCGCUAUUGACUAUGCAAAUGACCAAUUUCUGAAAGACGGGCAGCCCUUCCGGUACAUCUCGGGCUCGAUCCAUUACUUCCGCACUUUGCCCUCUGAAUGGAGAGACCGCCUGAGGAAGCUCAGGAUGGCUGGAUUCAAUGCCGUGGAAACUUACGUCGAAUGGUCCAGCCAUGAGCCUGAACCAGGCGUGUAUGACUUUAGCGGGAUUCUAGACCUACAGAAAUUCCUAGAAAUUGCCCAGGAAGAGGACCUCCUGGUUAUUCUGAGACCUGGACCUUUCAUCGAUGCCGAGAGAGACAUGGGUGGAUUUCCUUACUGGCUACUUAGGAAGAACAAGAAUAUGCAGCUCCGCACAAGUGACAAAACAUACUUGGAGGCGGUUGACCACUGGUUUGGCGACAUUCUUUUGCCUCUAGUGAAACCUCUUCUCUACGAAAAUGGUGGCCCGAUUAUCAUGGUGCAGGUUGAGAACGAGUACGGAAGUUAUCCAGCCUGCGACCACACCUAUACAGAACACUUGAGGGACAUUUUCCGCAAGAUUUUAGGAGAUUCGAUCCUACUCUUCACAACUGAUGGAAAUCGCGCCAGUGCUCUUACUUGUGGGAAAAUCCCUGGAGUCUACGCUACGGUGGACUUCGGCGCGGGAGGCAGUGCAGCCGACCGCUUCGCCCCGAUGCGCGAAGUAGAGCCGCGAGGUCCCUUCGUGAACUCGGAGUAUUACCCAUCUUGGCUGGACUACUGGGGGGAUCCCCAUAAUACCGGUGACGUCACGGAGAUCGCCCAGUCUUUGGAUGAUCAACUGGCUUACAAUGCGUCAGUCAACAUGUACGUGUUUCAUGGCGGUACAUCCUUCGGGUUUGGAGCAGGAUCUGACUUCGACACAAGUUUCCAUCCGUGUCCAACAUCCUACGACUACGACGCCCCUCUGUCCGAAGCUGGAGAUCCCUCUGAGAAGUACUGGGCUUUGAGAAACAUCACGCAGAAGUACCUUCCGCUACCCGAAGGAGAUGUGCCACCACCGUCUCCGAAGUACGGCUACGGAAAGGUGUCCAUGGAAGUCAUCGGUAGCGUCUUCCAGAUGAAACCGCUUCUGGAAGCUGUGAACACGACCUGGCCCCUGACGUUUGAAGAGUUGUUCGUCUCAAAUGGCCUCGUAGUUUAUCAGACAGUCAUACCUUUCAGAAUUGACGAUCCGGCCACGCUCGUCAUAGACGAAAUCCAUGAUCGUGGCUACGUAUUCGUGGAGGAUCGGUAUUCGGGUGUCGUUUCGAGGGAGAGACAGAUGUACGAGAUACCCAUCCAAGGUCUCCAAGGACAGACUCUAUCAAUCGUCGUCGAAAGCCAAGGGAGGAUUUGCUAUGGUCCCCGUACCCACGACUUCAAGGGCAUAACCACCAACGUUACCCUGAGUGGUUUUGAGCUGCAGAACUGGAUGAUGGUGCCCUUACCUCUAACGAACAUUUCUCGCCUGUCUGCAACUCUUUCCAAAAUGGAAAGAAUCCACCAGUAUGAAAAUACACCCGAGUCACAAUUGCGAGGAACACCCAUGGGUGGGAUGUCCUUCUACAAAGGAAUAAUUGAGAUUCCAGAGUCCCUCGACCAUCCACAAGAUACGUUUUUAAAGUUGGACGGUUGGGGAAAGGGAAUUGCCUGGGUAAAUGACUUCUGCCUGGGACGCUACUGGCCAGAGGUUGGGCCCCAGGUGAAGCUGUACGUACCCAGGGGUAUUCUACAGAAUGGAGCAAAUACAUUAAUUCUCCUUGAGCAAGAAAUCGCGCCGUGCCACCUUCCAGAGACUUGCUUCGUUUCCCUGGAAGACAAGCCGCUAGUUGAUGGUCCGACUCCCACGAGGAAGAACUCUACUCUCCAGUAGACUUUUGGUCGUUAUUUAAAGAGACUUAGUACAUAUUUACCCAUUUGUAUUUUUCUCUAAGCAUAAUUUAACGAUGGGGUAGGGAGGAUAUUAACUUACUGUACGUUCAGUAAAAAAUCUGAAAAAAAGGAUCUAUUGUUUGAACAUGAUUUUGGUUUGGUAGUUAUUUAAACGAGAUAUUUCCUUUAUCAAUUGCCUUGAAACAUACAAAACAUUAAGGGAUGAUUGUACGUCAUUUAACAAGCAAAGAGAACACCUGAAGUAAAGAUAUUCUCUUUUUAAAAUUAUUUUCCUAACUUUAAGACUUUCUUUUCUGUUUUAUUGCACAGAAAGUUGUUAAAGAUACUGUUUUGGUAGUUCAUAUGCCCUGAUAAGAGAGGUGGAUUCAAUUUCGUAAAAACAGACGUAUCUAGUAAACUCACAUCGCCCCUCACCCUCAAAAAAUAAAUUGUAAGCUGUCUGGUGCAGGCAAGAAUGAGAAAUAAGUUUAGGAAGCAAAAUAUCCGAGUACUGCUUAUCAAUUUAUUAUUUCAUAUGCUAUUCAUCUUUUUUCACUUGAUAUUAUCCAGAUGACUUGUGCAAAAUGUAAAAAGAAAAUACCACAACAUGGGCUAGCAGCCUUAUGCUAAAAAAAUCCCUGGAAACCUUCAUAUGGUUACACGAGGCUGGUGUGGCUCACUUCUGGAUGGAACCCAGCUUUCAAUGUCUGUUCCACACGUGAUUGCGUGUUGAUUAUUUCUAUCAUAUUCAUUCAGAAAAGAUAAUUCGAACGAAAUGCUGUCAGUUGGGUUACUGCUGAGUGGGGAAGUUGGGUAAAACAUGCUGGUAUGUGAAGCAGUUAGCCUCCCAGGUAAAGAAGCCUUAGGGACAGUGUUGCCAGGGUCCUUGCUUUUCAAUUGAAAGAUCUGGAUUCGCUCCUGAUGAGAGUAGGAAAAUUAGAUAUACACAUAUACAUAUGUAUAUCAUCCAGUAACAAGAAGUUUUAAUUAAAAAACAAUUAAGGGUAAAAUCAAGAAAGGCAUGAUCCACGGACUUUCUCUUUUAUAGAAUUAUUUUGGCAUAUUAUUGCAAAAUAUCGAUUUACAUUUGUGUCAUAUAUUUAUUUUUCUCCCUUCUCCCCUACUGUAGAUUUACCUUAUAAUUUAUUAUAAAAACAUGAAAGCCAGCCAGCCAGCUACCUCUUGAAAACAACCCGGCGUCCCCAGAAACUUCUUUGAAGAGGAGUUUCAUCUACGAAUUUCCACGCCCAGGUAGAAGAAUGCCACUGUUCAUAUUUCGGGAUAACCACUACCAGACUCUCCAAGUGUCUCUCCUCCCAACUUCAAAGGACCAUAUUUAAUUAUUUUACCCAAAAC